AUGAACGUCUUCGAAGGAAUCGAAAAGAGAGUUAUAAUCAAGCUGAGGAAGGAGUGCUUUGAAAAGAAGAAAAUUUCCUCCCUGUUGGACAUCUCCAGAGAAUUAUGGGAAGAAAAACUAAAGCAUAUCGGAUGUAGCAUCGUUUCAGAAAUAGAAGAAGAUGCGCAAGCACCAGCAGAAGAAAGGUGCAGAGUUUAUCUGCUCUCUGAAAGUUCCCUCUUUAUCUACACAGAUAUGGUGUUUAUAAAAACAUGUGGAAAAACCAAGGUAUUAUUUUUCAUUCCGUUUCUGGUCGAUUUGUUAAUGCUCAAAUUGACGAAUCAAUAUGCUUUGAAGACCGAUGGAAUGUACGACGAAAGUUUUCUUUCCAAAAAUGACCUGAACAACGUUGUGGAGUUCAUUGGGGACAAUUUUGAAUACGCAUUCUUCACACAUAUGAAUUAUCAGAACAAAACGAAGGAUGGUUAUUACGAGCAGGAGUACCCACACAAGUCCAUUGAAGAUGAGAAAAUAUUUUUCCAGUUUUUUUUCAAGAAUGUUCAGUUUGCCAACACACCCCUGCCGCAUGGGAGGAAUCACUACAUCUUCUUUGCACAGGUCAGUGAGGUGGUAAGCGGUGCUACUAAUGGGUCUACCAACGGGGCGGUCCACUUCCCCCCCAGCACGCACAAGUUCUGCUCCGAAAUGCACCUCUUCGGAAUUAACAAGUACAGUGAGAGGGCCAAGUUUCACGAACUCUACUUGAACGAGGAUUCCCUAAGCAUAUUACAACAGAGAGGAGAAGCACAAAAAGUCUACGAGGAGAAUGAAAAAACGGAAAUAUGCUGUAGCGAAAAAUCAUAUGAUUAUGCUGAGUGCUCUUCGAAAAGCACGACGAAUACCAGUACCCGGUUCAAGGAGAUGAUGACUCCAUUUCGAAACGCAGACGAUAUGGGCUACUACGGACAUCCCCGUAAGGAGGCAUUCCCCAAUUUGCACUUGAGAAUUACCGACAUGAGUGACAAGAACUUGAAUGAAGGCGUUAAUGAGGAUUCCCCCAUGGGGAGCAACAUCGGAAUUGCAAACGCGAGGGAAGAUGCGAAGCUUCUACUGCCAUACACCUUGAACGAGAGCAAAUACAUGCAAGGCGAAUCACAUCCCCUGGAUGGAAGAACCCAAAGGGAUGUUAAAGUUGAACAGAAAAGGGAAAGCAACACCGUCAGUGGCGCAUACCUGAACGAAUUUUACCUGCGAAAUGAGUCCAUGGCAAAGGACAAAGAAGUAGGAGGAAGAGGCGGUGUUUUCACCACAUCAUCUCAGUGUAGCUCGGAUGGCAGUAAUGUAAUUCACUUGAGGAACGCCUGCUCCAGUUUGAACAGCUUCAGCGUGUUGGAUAACUGCAUUAGGGUUGCAGGAACAGAACUAUCCUCCGUUGCAUCUUCACCUAGAAGUAGCCAACAAAUGAAACAGAUGGAGAGCCCCAAAACACAGGUGUGCGUGAAAAAGGUAGAUACGAAUUUGUAUGAAUGUUCGAGUGUACAAAAUAAUAAGGAGAAAUUUCUUUACAACGAGUUCUACUUCACGCCAUGCGGCUAUUCGUGCAACGUCUCACAGAAGAACAACUAUUUUUGUGUUCACUACUCGCCCGAGGAUUUGGUGUCAUACGUUUCGAUUGAACUUGCAAAUGAGUUGAAGAGUGAGAGCUUUAUCAGGUUUAUGGCGAACCAGCUGAGUUUUUACGGAGCGAAGGUGUUUUACUUGGUGAAUUAUCAUUACAAUGUUGAGGGAAGUGGCAAUGGAAGUCCUAUCGGAGGAGUGUUUCCCACCUCGGAGGCAACCCUCCUGCAGCGAAAUCUCUGCAACAACAUUGUACUGAACAAUGAGCAAUACUACGCUAUCCUCUGCAUGAAGGAACUAACGGUGGGCUUCCUCAAAUUGCAAUAUUUCGUGUAUGAGUUGAAAAAUGUGAACGACGUUAAGGGGGUAAAUCUGUUUCUGCCUAGUGGAAGCAAGGAAGCUGGAAAUAACUUCGCUGUGACUCCUCUACCUAACCAUGUAGUGAAUGAUAUGUACACUUAUAGCUACUUAUUCUGCAAGCAAAACAGAGUAAUGGUGGUGGAUAUGGGUACAGAAUUGGAGAGUAGCAGCCAAAUCGUCGACCCGAGCAACCUCUGCAGGAACAGUGACACCAGCUCGUGUAGAAAUUUGUCAGAAGAUUCGCUAAUUCUGAACGAAGGGGGCACAACCGAAUGUGACGGCGAUUCCAAGGAGGUGAGAGUGCCACUUAUCUGUACAGACGUUUUGGAAAGCACCGCAAACAAUGCAGACGAUGGCAAGGGCACCACCCAAACGAAUGACGAAGAAUGCCCAGAAAAAAAGCACAAAGAAGAAAUGGUAAACUACUAUCGAAAGAACAAAAUCGAAAUGUUCACGCUGAGUAGAAUUCUAAAUGAUGAUAUAGACACAUCCGUGGUGUGCAUAAAUUUAGAAAAAAUCCUGGCCCAGUACAUCCGUUUUAAGAAGAACCUUCCAAGUGUAACUCCUUUCUAUUCUGUUAAAAGCAAUAAUGACGAUAUAGUGCUUAAAUUUUUAUAUGGAUUGAACUGCAAUUUUGACUGUGCGUCUGUUGGAGAAGUAAAAAAAUUAACCACCUUACUUCCCGAUCUGAACAGAGAAAGAAUCAUUUACGCCAACACGAUAAAGAGUAUUAACUCUCUCAUUUAUGCGAAGAAUGAAAACAUAAAUCUGUGCACCUUUGAUAACAUAGAAGAGUUGAAGAAGAUCCUGAAAUACCAUCCCACGUGUUCCCUCCUACUGCGUAUCAACGUGGAUUUUAAGAAUUACAAGUCCUAUAUGUCUUCCAAAUACGGAGCGAAUGAACACGAAUGGGAAAACAUACUCACCUUUGGGAAGAAGCAUAACUUAAAUAUCAUCGGGGUGUCAUUCCAUGUUGGUAGCAACACCAAGAACCUCUUCGACUACUGUCAAGCCAUUAAGAAGUCAAGGGAUGUUUGGAAUAUGAGCAAAAAAAUGGGGUACAAUUUUGAAAUUUUAAACCUCGGGGGGGGAUACCCAGAAGAAUUAGAAUACGACAGUGCCAAAAAAAAUGAAAAGAAAAAAUAUUGCACCUUGAAUGAAGCCGAGUUAAAGAAAGACAUACAGAGCUUCCUUAAUGAAAAGUCUGUGAUGAAAACGAAAUAUAACUUUUACAACUUUGAGAAAAUUGCACUUGCCAUUAAUAUGUCCAUUGAACACUAUUUUAAGGAUAUAAAAUCCAAGCUUCGAAUUAUUUGUGAACCCGGAAGGUAUAUGGUUGCUUCGUCGUCCACACUGGCUGUCAAGGUUAUUGGAAAGAGGCACCCUACCUUCCAGGGGAUUAGACUCAGAGAUAUGAAGGGCAUGGAUCCGCUUCAGUUUGCGAAGAGGGGCGCACAACCCACGGGGGGGGACAACACAGAAGCAAACGUCGACGAAGCGAAUAUCGGUGAGGGGGUUAACAGUGGGGGACUUACCGACGGGGGGUAUAACAACCAUGUGAACAGCAGCCAAGGGGGGAAGACAGACCAAAAGGAGGGGGCAAACGGAGAAAACGCAGAAGACCUGCUCCUGCUAAGCCACAGCAACCUAAGCGAAAAUCUAACCUGCAACAGCAAUUCCAAGUUAGGAAACAUAACAAACAUAAAGAGAAAAGUGGUGAGCAUUAACGACAACCGAUACAACUACUACUCCUACUACGUCAGCGAUAGCAUAUACGGCUGCUUCAGUGGAAUCAUAUUCGAUGAGUAUAAUAGAUCCCCAGUUUUUGUAAUUCGAAACCAAGGAGAUAGUACUACGGCGUGUGAAGAAUUGGGAACUUCUCCUCUUUAUCUGGCAAACAUCUUUGGACAGUCCUGUGAUGGACUAGACAUGAUCACGUCCAUUACGUACCUACCAGAAUGCUACAUUAACGACUGGAUCAUUUAUGAAUAUGCUGGAGCGUACACUUUUGUUAGCUCGUCCAAUUUUAAUGGGUUUAGAACAUGUCAGAAGGUGUACAUUUUUCCGAAGAACUCCUUUUCCUUUCUCAAGUGA